AGGUCCCAGUGCCAGUCCCAGAGCAACCAGCAGGGUUUCCCCAGCCCUGUCUGGUUGAGGCAGCCAGGCACUGCGGGUGUUUGCAGCACUGAGGGUUAUGACACCAGCAACAGAGAGCAGCUGCCAAUCCUCAGCUCUCCCCAUGUGCUGCAGAGGCCAAAUAUGACCGCAGAGAUGGAUGGUAACUGUGCCAUCUGCCAGGACACCUGGGAUGACGUGGCUUCUGCUCUGCCCUGUGGCCACCUUUUCUGCCAGGUCUGCAUCCUGCAGUGGGCACAGAUAAAUCCUGUGUGCCCACUCUGCAGAAGAAUGAUAGACACUGUCAGGUGUUCUGACAACACAGACAAGUCUCUGGAGAUUGUCAUCACAGCCCCUGAGCAGCUGCCAGCAGCCACGAGCCACGCAGGGAGAGCUCCCGGUGGCCAGGAUGAGAACAGCCCUCAUCCCCCUGUGCUGCCCCAUUCCUCUUCUCCUCAAGAGACACCACCCAGAGCUGUCGGCGGUGUCCUGCCUGAGGUCUGGGCACGACUUUUCCGUCGACAACGGGAACUUCUGGACCCUGUGCGGACUUGGCUGCGCCAAAGGACAGAGACCGUGUGUGGGGAGCUGUGGUGGCUGGCAGAGAGCUGCAUCCUGUACAUGCUCUGUGUGUAUGGGCCACACCAGGAGAUCAUGAUCGAGGGUUUGCGGAGUGUCCUGGAGGAGCACACAGUGCCACUGGUCCAGGACACCAUCGACAUCAUUGUGAGACACUGCAGCUCGGGGGCCCAGAGGCUGCUGCGCUCCAGUGCUGCUGCGGAUGAGAAUGACAGCCCAGCAGCCAGCAGCAGCUCCAGCUCCAGCUCCAGCUCCAGCUCCAGCUCCAGGCAGGACCGGCCCCAGCAGGAGCCAGAGCAAGAGGUGAUGUUGGCAGGUUCAUCUGCCCAGAGCAGCAGGCCCAGAUCUCCUGAUCCUCAGCAUCCCCCAAAGAAAAGGGCGCCUGAGCCCCAGGACUCUCCCCCCACCUGCAAGAGGUCUCCCCGCCAGCAGAAUUAA